AUGAAUCCACCUGACCACAUCUCUAUUGAAGCAGAAUUGGAUGCAAACAUCAACCAGCGGAAGUGGAACCCCAAGAAUGUCCGCCUGUCGGAUGCAGGUGUCAUCUACGCCCUUCUGACCUUGCCUGCGGAUUAUCGCAUCCGAUACCUGGCCUACGACUUUGAUAGCCGAGGGGACGUACGAAAAGAACGAGUUCCCAAAGCACCCACUGUUGCCUUUUACUGGAAUAACCAGCGGACGCUUGUCGCCUGGAAAGGUGUUUAUGUCUUCACAGGGGGGGGACAACAGUUUUUCGAAGCUGGUCUGGUGGUCGCAUCCUCUCAUGUAAAGACGUUUGAUACCCUCAAUGUCCAGUUGACCGAGUAUGAAAGUGUAUCCGGGUAUCAGAAGAUGGGACUUCUUUUUGGGUUCAAUACCUUGAUUGGUCCCGGCGCUGACGCUGCCGACACGAACGAAGCAAUUCAACAAGACCAGUGGCCUUGCACGGCGUGGAAAAACAAGUUGUCUCCGGAUGCGGAGUUCAAGCGGCGGACCAGCGACUUCAUCAACUUCAUCAGAAUCCAGUGGGGGGCAUUUGCCGAUCCGACAAAAGAGAACUGGAGAGGAGCCCAAACCAAACAGUUUACGAUUCCGAUAACUCGGCUACGUUCGACACUUUGGGCCGAGCUAGCAGGCGUCGAAUCGCCUCCCAAAUACUGGGAGCUAUUCACGGCCGUCGGUACAAUGGAGACCAUGCAUCAGAGGUGGCGUCACAACCAUAUGGCUGUUAAACUGGUCCAACACAAUAUUUCGCCAUCUGAAGCCACUGUUAUCCGCGACCUUAUGCAGACCUUGAGCCCAAAGCUUAGGUUCUUGCUUCUAGGCAUUGGCGUCGACGAAGAUCGUCUUGCUCUUGAAAAUGCUUUUAGCUACAACUCAGCCAUGGCCUACAUGAACUUUUACACCUACUUUCGGACCCUCGCCCUCCCCAAAGCUGAGACCCCACAGCCGUCCAUUAAGUUGGAACAGCAAGAGGAAAGUGACAGUGGUCCUCGACAGUACGCCGAGAUCCAAGAGAUGAACUUUUGGGCAUAA